AUGAGCCUUUCUGUUGGAUUACAAAUUGCUGGUGUUGAUGAUUACAUUCAACAAAAUCUUGUUUGUGUAAUGCCUGUAAAAGAGACAUCACCACAAGAACAUAAAGGUGUUGCAAAAAUAUCACUUGGUGGUCCUGAAGAAGGAAGUGAGUUACCUAAAUUAACGAAAGUUACAGUUCGAUUAGAAGAUUGUUUGGCAUGUAGUGGAUGUAUUACUUCUGCAGAAACAGUAUUAAUUGAACAACAAGGAUUACCUGAAUUUAGAAAGAAUAUUAAAGAAAUAUCUCAAAAGAAAAAAGUUAUAUGUACAAUUGCAGAUGAAUGUAUUGCAUCAAUGAGUGUUGUACAUAAUCAACCAUUUAAUGUUGUAUGGACAAGAGUAGAAAAAGCAUUAAGAAAAGAAGGUGUUGAUGAAUUAAGAGAUUUAUCUCAAGCACAAGACAUAUCGUUAUUUGGUAUUUAUGAUGAAUUUAAAGAAUAUCAAAAAAUGAAUAAAGUUUUAUUAACAAGUACUUGUCCUGGAUGGGUUUGUUAUUCUGAAAAAAUGCAAGGGAAAUGGAUGUUUGAGUAUAUGUCUAAAGUUGCGUCUUCAAUGACGAUAGCUGGUAUGAUGAUGAAAAAACAAAAUUCAGAAAUAUAUCAUGUAAGUAUUCAAAUGUGUUUUGAUAAAAAAUUAGAAGCAACAAAAACUUAUAAUAAUAUUCAUGUUAUUGAUUGUGUAUUAACAACAAGUGAAAUAGAUUCAAUUGUUGAUUGGAAUGAACCAAUUAAUGAAGUUACUUCAACAAGAAUAAAAGGUUUUAUUUCUUCACCAGCACAAUAUAUUGCUUUAAUGGAACAAAAAAAAGGACCAUUUAAAAUAACAAGAAAUAAAGAUUUCCUUGAAAAUGAUGGUAUUGCUAUUGCCAAUGGAUUUAGAAAUAUUCAAAAUGUUGUUCGAUUUGUUAAAUCAAAAACUAAAUUACAAUUUAUUGAAGUAGAAGCAUGUCCUGGUGGUUGUAUUUGUGGAGGUGGACAAAUAAAAUGUUCUCCUAAAGAAAAAGAUGAACGAGUAAAAAAGAUGAUGGAAAUUCUUGAACCAAAAAUUGUUGAUGAAAAGAACAAAGGUAUUUAUGAAUCAAUAAAAGAUACUAUCAAACUUACAUUUAUUGACAGAAAAGAAAAUGCUCAAGAAAAUGCUUUACAUUUGAAUUGGUAA